GAAGGGCUCGGGCCAGAGUUGACUAUAAAAAGUCCUCUGCUACCUUGGUUCAUUCACAACGCCACUCUGGAUUACCACACGACUCGUGGAGAGGCUCCUCACUCGGGCUCCUCGGACGACGAAUCAGGGGAAGCAGGGAGUUCACGAACCUGCCCGCCGGAAACGAUGAAAAUGUCCGCGGAGGAGAUCAGCCAUGUCCUCAAGGAGGGAGAGCUGGAGAAGAGGAGCGACAACCUGCUCCAGUUCUGGAAGAGGAAGACGUGCGUCCUGACCACGGACAGCCUCAACAUUUACGCGGACACGCAGAAGCGCUCCAAGGGCAAAGAGCUGAAGCUGCAGUCCAUCAAGAAGGUGGACUGCGUGGAGCGCACCGGCAAGUUCGUCUACUUCACCAUCGUAACCACAGACAAUAAGGAGAUCGAUUUCCGGUGCUCCGGGGAGGAGAACUGCUGGAACGCGGUGAUCACCAUGGCUCUGAUUGACUUCCAGAACAGAAAGGCCAUCCAGGACUUUAAAACGCGGCAGGACAACGAGAGCGCGUCGCCCGGACAGCAGGAGCGGCGCAUGGCGAGGGCGCCGUGAGCCGGCGGAGGGACUCCGGCGCGCCAGCACUCCUAAUAUGUGUCAGUUUGGACCAUACGGAGAAAUAAUACGCGGACCAAAAAAGAAAAAAGAAAGGAAGACGAGGUCAUCCGGUCCGGAGAUGAAGGAUUGUUCGGGACUGAGCUCCCUGAGAGAGACAGAGACCCACGAGAAACACACACACACACACACACACACACACACACACACACACACACACACACACACACACACACACACACACACACACACACACACACA